GGUGACUGGAUGCUGGAGGGGAGGGGAGUAGCUGCUGCAGCUAAUUGCUUAAUUAUUUAUGAGUGCCUCAAGUCCUCUUGUUGUUUUCAUUGCUAGGGGCUGUGGGGUCACCUUCUCUUCCUCUCUUCUGCCACCCCAAGUCGUCUGUGUUGCGUGUUAUGCAAUGGGAGAGCACGUUGGUCCGGACCUCAAGCUACCCACGUUCUAGUCCCGCCUCUGUCAUUUCCUAGAGCUGUGGCCUCGGAUCCCUCCCCGGUGCCACGGCAGCUGAAUGCGCAUCCAAUCUGAAGAAAAUCUACACAGUGCAGACAGUACAGAUAUUCUGGAGUGUAUACAAUAAUAUCCCUCCUGUGACUAGCCUGCCUUUGAGAUGUAGUUACCAUUUAAUGAGAGGAGAGAGGCGACCACUCUGGGAAGAGGAGAGUAAUGCAAAAGGCGGCGUAUGGAAGAUGAAAGUCCCCAAGGACAGCACGUCCACAGUUUGGAAAGAGUUGCUGUUGGCAACCAUCGGGGAACAGUUCACAGACUGUGCCGCAGCAGAUGACGAAGUAAUAGGAGUUAGUGUCAGUGUUCGAGACCGAGAAGACGUCGUCCAAGUCUGGAAUGUAAAUGCCUCUUUAGUGGGUGAAGCGACUGUUUUAGAAAAGAUCUAUGAACUUCUGCCCCACAUAACUUUUAAAGCAGUAUUUUAUAAACCCCAUGAAGAGCAUCAUGCUUUUGAAGGUGGACGUGGAAAACACUAAUUGCACUCUGUAAAGAAUUCUUUGUCCUUUGCUGAUUGGUUUUGGAAACGGUCUUAACAGGAGGGAGAGUGAAGAGAAGACUUGCCGAAGCCGAUGCUGGUCAAUUUAGAGUGGGUUUCUGUCCUUGCAGAUGGGCAAUUAGGACUCAAAGUGGCAGGUGGGGUGGGGGGAGAUUGUGUGGGUUUCUAUCAUCACAUUACUUGCUUUACAAAAAAAAAAAAAAUUUUUUUUUUUGGCUUUCUAAAUUCUCUGUUCUUUUCACCCUGCAUUUUUUUUUUUUUUGCCCUUUAAAAUUCCUUAUUCAGCCUAAUUAUUGUUUUCUACACUCCCCUUUCAUUGAGGCACAAGAAAUCGGUUUCCCUUUAAGUAGCUCUGCUGUACCUAGUUAAUGAGAAUAUGCAUAAUCGUGACAAGAGUGCUUCUGAAUACCACACUGUACAAGGAGGAAUACUAGCUUGGAGAAGCCUGUCUUCUGAUUAUUUGUUGUGACAUAUUCCUAUGUACUGUGAGCUGGGCAUUGUUUUUUUCUGUCCCAGGGAAAAGAAAAACCAUACUUAAUCUGAUUUUGCACUGACAGCACACACGUCUUUAAUUUUCCUUUUAAAAACUUUUUUUUUAGUGAUAAAAGGAAAGUAAUAGUUGGAUUGCCUAACAUGAAAACUAUAAUCACAAUUCAGUAUCAGGAUAUAAAUCAAGCUCUGAGUUUUUGGACCCUCUGUGGAAACAUUUCUAACCCAAAUUUCAAUUUGUGCUUUUCAAUAAAAGGCUUAGAUUGGUAGCAAGGGAUUUCUCCCAAUAGAAAACCUGAUGUUUCUGAUUUAAAGAGAAGAUGAUAUUUUAAUUUUGUUUGAAUUAAGCUCCUUCCAAAAUUCAGGUGUGUUUGCCCACUUAGGGCUUUCCCAGUCAACGCUAACACAUUUUGUUAAAUGAUCCCUUUCCCUGCUCACAUUAUAUGUUGUUUCUCAUCAUCGAUAGUCUUCCAGCCUGGGCAGCUGUCCCCGUCCUUUUUCUUAUAGGUGCAGGAAGUUAAAUCUCAUUGCCAGGAUGAAUGUGAACAUUUGCAAAGUUGAACUUGGAGCACAUUCUGCUCAUAUUAGUAAUUGGGAUUGUUGAUAUCUAUUGUAUUAUGCUACCAAAGAAAUAUUGGUUUUAUUAGAAGGAAAUGGUCAUCCUCUGGAUCAUGGAGACUUGCUCGGGAUACGCCGAUUCCCCUCUCCUGACUUAGACUUUGCCAAGCCUCUGGCUGCUUUUGCCUGAUAAAGGGCAGGGCCAUUCCAAGACACUUCCCUGGCUGGCUUGAUUUUGGAGUCAUGGGAGCUAGUGCAUGCUCACAUUUUUCAAAAGGGCGGUGCACUGAUGAGAUCUUCACCGUACCCAGGAGUUUUACUUCCUCUUGUAGUGUUGACCAACAGAGAGAGUCGAGGCUACUUUAAGCCUCUACUAUGUGUUUGUGGAUAAAAUUCUCCAUUCAGACAUUUUAAAGGACUCUCCACAUUAUCUGUUUAUAAAAGUCGUGCCCUUCACUUGUUAGUAACCACCUCAGCCAUAAUACUUAUCAUCAUAGUUUUUUUAAAUGCUUUUUUUCUAAACUUGAGUUUCCUUAGUGAUUUCAAAAUGAAGUAUAAGAAUAUCAGAUCCAAUUAGCAAAAGCCUGGGACUUGUUUCUCCAAACGUUGUGCUAUCAGUUAACUUGUUUUAAAAUUAUGAGUCAAGGAUUUUAAAAAAAUUAUUCUGGACAUGAAUUAAAAUUCUUUUUUAUAAUAUAAGUAUUUUUCUGAUAGAUUAGAAAAAAAGGAUAUAAUUGUCUUCACUAUAUUGUCAUAUAUAUUUCCAUAAGUAAAUGGAUUUCGAAGUAUUUUUAUUUUUUUGAACUUUAUUUAAGGCAUUUGUGAUGAUGUGUUCAACUUUUGCAUGUAUGUAGUCUUUGAAGUAAAAAUAAAAUGAAAUAGGAAUGUUAGGCUCACGUUAAUAUUUCCAGUUUCUGUUGUUUAUGAUCUUGGAACAUGACUAGCACACAAAGCAGAUUUUUGCCCCAGUGAACUUCUGCAACUGUUUCUGACCCUUUCAAAAAUACCAACUGUGAGAAGGAUUUAAUUUGCCUAAUGUUAAAAACCUAUCAUCUAAAUUACUUUCAGAGAGGAUUUUGUCAGAUUUUGGUUUGGAAAUUGUUUUAAUUGAAUAUUUAGUCAUAAUAGACUUUGUAUGAACUAAGCUGAUUUAAUCAGUUUAAAAACCUCUCAUUACCUUCUUAGAUUAAAGAAGCUAAUACUCUUUUGAGAUAGAAGGAAAUAUUUUGCGGGGCAUGUGACUUUUGUGUUAAGGCAGUUUACCCAUCUUGGCCGAUGUGGGGAAAGUACAAACUUCCAGCAGAAUCCUGGUCUUUUCAGCCAAGUGCUUGCAGGUGCAGCCUUGGACACUGCAAAGAACCAUAUAGAAACCAAAGAGCUCGCUUUUUUGUCUUUGUAAUUCCUUAGGGUCUGUGAUACAUGCCAGGAAAUCUGAUUGAAACUAAUAUGCUUUUUCUUCUCCCAUUAUUCCCUAGAUUGUUGUCUCACAGGCAGUUGCCUACAUUGGGAAAGUAAGGACAAAAAAAUACUCAUUUAAAGUAACUUGUCUUUAUUUUGACUGUCUUUCAUAAGCACUUUCUGCAUUGCUGACUUAGUUUUAAGAUUUCCUCUUUCCACCCAACUUUUCCACAUUUCUUAAAUAAGGGUAUAAUUCACUGCAAACAUGUACACUUAGUAUAAUAUUGCUAUUAGAUUCGUGGUACACUUUAUGAAGCAAAAACAUGAAAAGGAAAACAGUACUCUAAUAAACUUUAAAUAAGAUUAAGUUGACUCU